UAUGUACAGUGAUGAAAGCCUAAGUUCGGAAAGUAUUGUCCAGGAGGGAUUAGUACCGUUUGUUGUUGACGCCGUCGAAACUUUUGCAAGAGCUAUCCAACGUUUAAACGUUACAAAAUCUCAACUUGGUAUACUAAAAGGCGGAGAGUUGCUAACGAUGAUCAGAAAUGUUUCAUUCACAGAUGGCCUAACUGGCAACAAAAUACAAUUUAAUGAAAAUGGCGAUGGGAUGAGAGGAUAUACUAUAUAUCAAUAUCAGAAAAAGAAGGAUAAAUACGACUACGUUACAAUUGGAAAGUGGGAUGAGAUUCUUACGAUUAACUCUUCUCUAACCAGAUGGCGUAACGGUUCUACGGAACUACCUGUCUCAAUUUGUCACGAGCCGUGUAGGGAUGGUGAAAUUCGGCGAAAACGUCCAGGAGAUUGUUGCUGGGACUGUCAGGCUUGUAAAGAUUUUGAGAUUAUCGCCCUCGAUAAUCAAACUGGACAAAGGCAUGAACAAAUAAGACUUUAA